AUGGCUUCCCACACCUACGAGUUCAACGUCACCAUGUCUUGCGGUGGCUGCUCCGGCGCCAUCGACCGCGUCCUCAAGAAGCUUGACGGCGUCGAGAGCUACGAAGUUAACCUUGAGAAUCAGAGCGCAAAGGUCGUCACCAACCUGCCUUACGAGACGGUCCUGACCAAGAUUGCCAAGACGGGCAAAAAGGUCAACUCGGCCAAGGCUGACGGCGUUGAGCAGUCCGUCGAGGUGCCUGCUGCUGCGUAA